GAGUGAUCUAAAUGCAACGAAGAAGCCCGAAACCUAUAAUCAAGCUCCAAACGGGAGAGGACUCAAAGGAUAACUCUGUCCCUGCCAGAAAACCAGGUGUCCACAAAGUGCUUUCUCUGGAUGUGACUCUCAAUCCCAGAGAUGCCAAUGCAGUGGGCCAGUUCGGUCAGGCAGCACUUUUUGCCAGUAACGAGGAUGCAGAGGUGAGGAAGAGAUGGGACGAAGGGCAUUUUAAUGUCUACCUGAGCGACAAGAUCCCAGUGGACCGUGCCAUUCCAGACACCAGGCCUGAGAUGUGCGCUCAGAAUUUGGUCCACGAUGAUUUGCCCUCCACCAGUGUGAUAUUCUGUUUCGUGGAUGAAGUGUGGUCCACGCUCCUCCGCUCUGUGCACAGUGUGCUCAACAGAUCUCCACCACACCUCCUCAAAGAGAUUAUUCUGGUGGAUGACUUCAGCACCAAAGACUAUUUGAAGGAGCCACUGGAUAAGUAUAUGUCCCAGUUUCCCAAAGUGAAAAUCAUUCGUCUGAAGGAGCGGCAGGGUCUGAUCAGGGCCAGGCUGGCCGGAGCUGCUGUUGCCAAAGGUGAGGUUCUUACCUUCCUUGACUCCCACAUUGAGUGUAACGUUGGCUGGCUGGAGCCACUCUUAGAGAGAGUCUAUCUGGAUCGCAAGAAGGUUCCCUGUCCAGUUAUUGAAGUCAUCAGUGAUAAGGACAUGAGUUAUAUGCUGGUUGACAACUUCCAAAGAGGUGUUUUCAAAUGGCCUUUGGUGUUUGGCUGGAGUGCAUUACCAGAGGAGUACAUUAAGAAGCAUAACAUGACCGUUGCAGAUCCCAUCAGGUGUCCAGUCAUGGCUGGAGGCCUUUUCUCCAUAGACAAAAAAUACUUCUAUGAGCUUGGUGCCUAUGACCCUGGCCUGGAUGUAUGGGGCGGGGAGAACAUGGAGAUUUCGUUUAAGAUCUGGAUGUGUGGAGGGGAAAUCGAGAUUAUCCCCUGCUCUCGAGUGGGACACAUUUUCCGAGGACAGAACCCGUACAAAUUCCCCAAAGACCGACAGAAGACGGUCGAGCGUAACCUGGUGAGGGUGGCCGAGGUCUGGCUGGACGAGUACAAGGACCUCUUCUACGGCCACGGCUACCACCACCUGCUGGAUAGAAAGGCCAUUGACAUCGGCAACCUCACCGAGCAGAUUGAGCUGAGGAAGAGGCUCAAAUGCAAGAGCUUCAAGUGGUACCUGGAGAACGUGUAUCCAGACAUGGAUGCUCCUUUAGCCAAAGCUGAAGGCUUGGUCUUCAAUCGUGGCUUAAGAAAAUGCCUCGCUCUGCAGAGCGGCUCUCUGUCCUUCGAGAUAUGUGAUCUCAGUAAGCAGAGUCAGCACUUUAAUUACACCUGGAUGAGGCACAUUCGCCAAGAGGACCUGUGUGUUGCUCCCCAAAGCAAGGACAGUGGCUUUGGUUUACAACCAUGUGACAACACCAAGCCUGAACUUCGCUGGUUCCACAAAUCUUCCAACUCAGCUCUGGCGGAACACCUCAUUACAGAGUUUGUUUCCCACCACAUGUGCCUGGAGGCGGGGGCUCUGGGUGAUACUCUUCACCUCAACCCAUGUGUUCCCAGAAAUAUCUUCCAAAAGUGGCAGUUCACACACUACCAUGCUCAGUGAUCAGACUGAUCACGAUUUUUAUGUGUUAAGAAUGCACUAAUAGAGACCUUCAGUGGCCUCACACCACAGUAUGGUCUGUGGUCCAACCUCAAACCAAAGGACUGUCCAGAGGAAGUGGGAGAGGCUUUGGUGGCAGUAAUAUGAGUGGUGCAGGGCAGAUGGUGUGGGGGCGUGCAAUGUUUCUAAUGUCCUUUUAAUUCAUCAGCAUGGACUGACCUUGAGGUUAAACACUUGUGCCAGUGGAAAGAGAGAAUAUUUCUCUGGUUAGGAAGGUUUGCACCAGGCUUUUCUCAUUUCAGAUAAGAUCCUCUGCACUGCUAUUCUGGGGAAAAAUGCCUGAGAUGAUUUUUUUUACAGAAGUGGGCUACUGGUGAAUGUCUAUGGAAAAACACUCCUCUGACAAGUUCUUCAGUACAACAUAUCAGUUCACUGCCAAAGAUAUAAAGUGCGUCAUUUGAUUUGAAAGUGUUCUUGUUGUCGGGACUGAAUUAAAUUGCAUGUAAAGUAGGAUUAAUUAAUUUGUAUAAAAUGUAUCGCAUAUUUUCGGUGAGACGUCUACUUUUCUAGAUGUCAUGUACUUUAUUUUUGAUGAGGUGCUGGGGUGAAAUGGCUGCUUCUCUGGUUUUUAAUGAUGUGUUAUUUAGGUGCAAGUGUUGAUGUGAAAACUGUCUCUCUGUGUAUAAUUUUUUUUGUCACUAGGGGGAAGUGUAGGUUCAAAACACCCAAUAAACCUGUGCUGUGAUUUCA